CCUUCAACCAGUGAGCACGCACCCGGCCCACUAACGAAAUCGACCGAGCGUUGCCGAAAAUUGCCAUGCGGGGCUAGAGCUUCUCUCUCUCUCUGUGCCUCUACAGCAGGCAUGGGCAAACUUCAGCCUUCCAGUUGUUUUGGACUUCAACUCCCAUAAUUCCUAACAGCCGCGCACGGCCCUUUCCCUCUUUUCUUCAGCCAGCGAACUGCACACGCGGUCGCGGACACACCCGGCCCAAGCCACAACGUAAUUGAAGGCCUCGCUGGCAGAAAUGCCCGAGCGCUGCCGGAAAUUACCGAGCGGAGCCGAGUUUCUCUGUUAUGUGUGUGUCGGGUGUAUGCCGCUACAGUGACGUCACGGCGCUAGACCGGAGCGCGCAGGCGCAUCACGUUGCAAAGCGAGGGAAAAGAGUGGGCCGGCCGCUGGUGGUUGGGCGCCGCCAUUCAAAGAGGUUACCCCGGUGCUGAGGGAAAGGAGCUGCUUCAUCAGCCACCGCCAUGGUGGAGAAGGAGGGCAAGGAGGAGGCGGAGGCGACGGCUGGGCCCGGAGGCGCCAUCAGUGAAGAGGAGGCGGCGCAGUAUGACCGCCAGAUCCGCCUCUGGGGCCUAGAAGCGCAGAAACGCCUCCGGGCAUCUCGGGUGCUGCUGGUGGGCAUGAAAGGACUGGGAGCAGAAGUGGCCAAGAAUCUCAUCCUGGCAGGCGUCAAAGCACUGACCAUGCUUGACCAUCAGCAGGUGAAACCAGAAGACACGCAAGCACAGUUCCUGAUCCCUACAGGCUCCUUGGGUAAAAACAGAGCAGAAGCCUCACUGGCACGUGCCCGGGAUCUCAACCCCAUGGUGGAUGUGAAAGCAGACCCUGAGAACAUUGAACAAAAGCCUGAAGAAUUUUUCACCUGUUUCGAUGUGGUCUGCUUGACGUGUUGCUCUAAGGAAGCCCUUGUGAAGGUUGAGCAAAUAUGCCAUGAGAACAAUAUCAAAUUCUUCACGGGUGAUGUCUUUGGCUACCACGGCUACAUGUUUGCCAACCUGGGAGAACACGAAUUUGUGGAGGAGAAGACGAAAGCAGUGAAAGCCAGCCAGGGAGUAGAAGACGGACCUGACACAAAGAAGGCCAAGCUGGACUUGACAGAGACCACCCUGGUGAAAAAGCGUGUGACUUUCUGCCUUCUGAAAGAGGCUCUGGCUCUUAGCUGGAGCAGUGAGAAGGCCAAGGCCGCCCUGAAGCGCACCACAACAGAUUACUUCCUCCUGCGAGUGCUUUUGAAAUUCCGAUCAGAAAAGGGCCGCGAUCCGUCCACUCAGAGCUAUGCAGAGGAUUCUGAGGCGCUCCUACAGAUGCGUAAUGCAGUGCUGGCCUCACUGGAUAUUGAGAAUGACCUGCUCCCUGAUGAUUUUGUCAGCUUCUGCUUCUCAGAAAUGGCUCCCGUCUGUGCUGUAGUUGGAGGCGUCCUUAGCCAGGAGGUGGUCAAAGCCCUCUCUCAACGGGAUCCUCCCCUCAACAAUUUCUUCUUCUUCAAUGGCAUGAAGGGCAAUGGGAUCGUGGAGUGUCUAGCACCUACCUGAAUCUGGGCUGUGAGUGAUAAUCUCCAUCCAAGAGCCUUUGAUCAGAUUCUCCUCCUUCCAUUUGCAGUGGGCACCUUUGGGCUAAGGGGAGCUGUGUCUGUCUCUCUCACCACCCUGGGUGCUCUUUGUCUCAGUACUCAAUAAAGUUUUCUUUUACACAA